CCCAAGUUUUCUCCCUAGAAUCUCAGUUCACGACACAUUACCCAGAACUGCUGGAAAAUGAAGUCCCAGUCCACUUUUCUUUUCACAUCGGAGUCUGUAGGUGAAGGCCACCCGGACAAGAUAUGUGACCAGGUGGCCGAUGCCGUCCUCGACGAAUGUCUCAGGCAGAAUCCCCUGAGCAAGGUUGCCAUAGAGGUUGCCGUACGGCCCGGGCUAGUGAUUGUGUUUGGCGUUGUCCACUUCAUCUCCCGAUUGGAUAUCGAUGCCAUUGUUCGCUUCGUGCUGAAAGACAUUGGGUACAGCAGCCCAGACCAGGAGUUGGACUAUCAGACGUGCGAAGUCAUGGACUUUGUGGAGCUACACCCAUCGCCGUUUAAAGGCAUAUCCUCUGGCCUUGAAGCACCCGACAACGAACCGGCAGGCGACCAGGGCAUGGCUUUUGGAUACGCAACUGACGAGACCGACCAGCCUUUGACCCUCGAUCUAGCACAUAGGAUCUCCCGUGGCUUGAAAGCUGCCCACACCAAGGGCAUCCUCCCAUGGCUUCGACCGGACACCAAGGCACAGGUUACCGUGGAGUAUGAUGAGGACAGAGGCAGAAUGGUUCCGACUCGGGUCCAUAACGUGGUCAUUACUGCCCAGCAUACACCAGGUGUCACGGUCGAAAGGCUGCGGCAGGACAUACUAGACAAGAUAGUCCGCAAGUCAAUUCCAGCGAAAUAUCUGGAUGACCGGACCGCGUAUCAUAUCCAGCCGACAGGAGAUGUAGGAGUCAGCCCAUCAGGCAAGUUUGCCGGCGUAACCGGUCGCAAAAUUGUUGUGGACACCUAUGGGGGUUGGGGCGCCCAUGGGGCGGCGCUUUUUCGGGAAAAGAUUUUCGCCAGGAAAAUACAGGUCGAUCGGUCCGCGGCCUACAUGGCGCGGUGGAUUGCCAAAUCACUUGUCCACCAUGGCCUCGCCCGCCGGUGCGUCAUCCAGCUGUCUUACUCUAUCGGCAUAGCGGAGCCAUUGAGUAUUUUUAUCGAUACUUUUGCUACCAGCAAACUCACUGCAGACCAGUUGAAGGAGAUUAUCCGCAAGAAUUUUGAUCUCAGGCCGUCAGCUAUUGCGAAAGACCUCAACUUGUGUAAUCCGAUCUACUACCAGACUGCCAAGAACGGACAUUUUACUAACAAGGAGUUCCCUUGGGAGCAACCAUUUGACUUGGUGCUGUAA